CAUCUCUUCCACCCGCUGUUGUUGUUGCAUCUCUUCUUCUUCACCCAAUUCGCCAGAGCGCGCAGCAAACAACAAAACACACAGUGCUUAAAAACCGCGAUUUCAAUUGCCGUUAAAAACGUUACUACUCGAAAUUCGAUAAAUAACUCCAUCAUGUGUCUGAAAUUAAAGCAAAUCACCAUUAAACGACGUUCAUGGCGAAAAUCUGGAGAUUUUAAACCAACUCCAGUGGCCCGACCGUUUAGUGGUCCCUUUAAACGGGCUACAUGCCAAACAGAGGGACCACUAAACAUUAGGCGAAGAGGACGGCACAAGGCAGACAUCGAUAAAUCAGCGGCCCAAAGCAACACUGCAAAAUGUUUGUAAACAGCUGACGAAGCCGCUAGAUGGCGUUAUUACACAGGCAUUGCCAGAUAGGAAAAAUUCUGCAAAUGCUGCCCUGCAUUGGGAACGCCAUUUUUAUUGCAAGAAAGAAAGCCAAAUUUUUCAAGUAAAAACACGAGUAAUUAAAGUCUAAUAAUUGUGAAAAGACACCGCGAAUAUGAUUUAAUCGAAGACAAAUUAAUUCGGGUUGCGAGCACAACGAGCGGCGCUAAAACGUUGCCAUUUUUGGAAAGUCCAAGGAGGUGUUAAAAAAUGGAACAAUAUAUAGUGCCCCUAGAGGAGCCCGUCUACUCGGAUCUGCAGGUAGUGCAAGUGCCCCAAGAUGAGGUUGGGUCUUUGGUCCUUCAAGAUGACCAGCAGUUGGUGUUCAACGAUCAGCAGCAAGUUGUCUAUCAAACGGCGGCUCCUGCGCAAUACCAACAGCCUCAGCAGUCGGCUGCACCCACAUACCACAUAAUUGGAGGCGAUGAUCUCGCUCAGCAGCAGCAGCAGCAACACCAGCAACAACAGCAGCAGCAGCAACAACAACAACAGCAGCAGCAACAGGUUGUGAUGCAUCAUCAGCAGCAUCAAGUGCAGCAGGUACAUUAUCAGCAACAGCAACAGGAUGCCCAGCAGCAGCAAUUGCAUUUGGAGCAACAGCAGCAGCAGCAACAGCAACAAUAUGUUCAGCACCAACAACAGCAACCCGCCAUUCAGCAUACGCAACAGAUUUACUAUACUUCCGAGCAAGUCUUGCAACCAAAUGCCAUUGUACAACAUAUGCAGCAACAGAAAAAACAGCAGCAAGUGCUGCAGCAACAGCAACAGCAGCAACAACAACAGUAUCAGCAACAUGCACCCACCUAUCAGGUACAAGCCUCACCCCAAGGGCAACCGCAAUUGCUGCAGAGCACCCAGCAGCAGCACCAGCAAACGCAGCAGCCACAAACGUUGCAGUUGCAGACAUCACCACCCCAACAGCAGCCGCAGCAGCACCAGCAGAUUGUCUACCGUAUGACUACCACCCCCCAGCAACAAAGGCCCUUGGGGAUGCUAAACAAUACACACGUGAUUGUCCAGCAGCAACCCGUGCUGAUCCAAGCUCCGCAGCACCAGGAGCUAAUUAUGCGCCAGACGGCCAUUCAUCCGUACAAUAAUCGCGUCGUUUAUGCCACAUCACCGCAACAACAACAACAACAGCAGCAGCACGUCAUCCAGCAACACGUACAACAGCAGCAAGUGCAACAGCAACAAGUCCAGCAGCAACAGCAGAUGCAGCUGCAGGCUACGGCCCAAACAGCCCAUUUGGUUCAGGCGCGUGUUGUGCCCCAGCAAACCCAAAACGUUGUCUACCAACAGUUGCAAGUGCAGAAGGUUCAGCCGCAGCAACAGCAACAGCAACCAGUGCAACAGCAGCAACAACCACAGUUGGUGGCUCAGCAGCAGCCGCAACUAGUGACCACCACUGCUACUGGAGGUGCUCAGCUCGUAAGGGCUGCCUUUAGAAAAGCGACUCGAGGUGGAGCUGUUUUGGCUAGACCAGCAACCCUAAUCACCACAAGGCCCACGCUCACACCAGCAGCAAUUGUACGUCAGGUUCGUCCACGAGGCGGAGCAGUAGGUUCAGUGCCCGGUGGACUGGUUAGGAAUAUGCGCCCUGCCGGAGUGCGACCCACUCGAGCUCAAUUAGUGGUGCAGACCAGCGGCGCCGAGGGGCAGACAAUGCAAAUUGUAACUCCAGCCCAAAUGAAACAUAUUACCAUCAGCACGAAUCUCGGCCAGCCGCAACAACAACAGCAGCAACCCCAGCAACAACAGCAGUUACAGCAGCAACCGCGUCACAUCUAUCGCACGCACAUGGUCACCGAUGGGAAUCCUCAGCAGCAGCCGCAACAGCAGCAACCUCAGCAGCACCAGCAUAUGCUGAUGAUGCGGCAUACUCCGAUUCGAUAUAGGGCUCCUGUAACCUUGACCUCAGCUGUGGCGGCACCAGUUCCAGCACCGGCCCCGGCUCCUGCAGGUGGAGUGGUUCAGCAAAGUAAUAUUGGCAUGGACCUGGAAGAGAGGAUUCAGGCGGCAGUGCUGAAGAAAGAGCAACAAAAACCUCCGCCACCAACGCAGCCAGUGACUCCCAAUCAACUGCAGCCUAUGCAACUAGGAACGGGUACUACACUGACCACUUACUAUCCUGGGGGAGCAGCUCCGCAGGAAGAGGAGCAACAACAACAACAACAACAGCAGCAGCAGCAAGUGGUCCAGAAUCAGGCACAGGGAAUACGUCCGCCCAGUGGAGCCAGCAUGACAUUAGCGGAGUACAAAAAGCGUCAAACUCUCUCAGCCUCGCCAGCUCCUGUUCCUGCACCAAAUCCCGGCCUCGCACCCAUGAGGGCAACUGCACCCGCAGCCAUGGUUCGUCCAACGGCUAAAAUUACACCCUCACAACCUACUGGUGCUUUGCCUCCGGGAACAAGGAUUAUGCAACCGCAAAGGCCAGUCCCAGCUGCAGUGGUGGCACCGCUUCCGGCUCCAGCAGCUGUUACUCAAGGAUCAUCCGUGAUGAAGACUUCGCACAACAACUAUGAGAUCCACUCGCAACAUGUACUGAACAACCGAGCCGGUCAAGAAAUAGCAGAGCGCGAUAAGAAUAGUGCCAAAAUGUUAGUGAUCCUGGCCAGCGGUGAGCAACGUUUAAUCACCUUUACGCUGCCACGAGAAUCCUGUACGGUCCAGGAUCUUCUUGAGCAGGUUGGAGUUCCUUUCGAUCACAACACCACCAUCCAGUGUGUUGAACAUCGUGGUGCUAAUGUCGAUUUUGUGGUCACCGUUGGAUUCACGGUUCAUGAAUCAGCCAGCGAAUUGAUUUCACGAGCGGAGGAGAGCCUUCAGAUGAACCGCUCGCAGGAGAAUCAAGCAGCAGUAGCCGGAGCAGCAGCUAAUUCUAAUUCUGCCGCCCCGAGUGCCGCACCCGCCUAUGCCCAAGCAAAUGCCGCAGCCGAGCAGGCAAAACGAGAAGCUGCCAGUUCGGCUAGUGGAAAUACCUCAGUCGGAACCGUGUCAUCUGCUGGAUCUACUCCGUCGGAGGGCAGGAAACUGAUCGAUGGCUUCCUGGCCGUCUGCCAGCUAUGUGGCUUUACAGGAGUUGAUCACGCUCGUUGCGAGCGGUGUAAACGAGUCUUCCCAGAGCCACCAAAGCGCAAGUCUUAUAUGCCCAAAAACAGUGCUGCAUCCUCGCCAGCAUCGUCGUCUUCCAGCGAACUAGUGACCGCAGCAUCAUCAGCGGCGGACAAGAAACGAGAAUUGGCAGCAGCUCGAUUUAGCAAACAAUUGGCCGGAGUGACCUAUGCAUCCACGGGAGUGGGAGUUGGAGCACGCGGUCGCGGAUCCAUGGCCAUGAGAGGUGGAAGGGCCAGAGGAGGCAGACGGGUGGCCGAAGCGGAUCCCGUGGUGCUGCUGAGCAGCGAAGACGAAGCUGAUGAGGGUGAAGGAAACACGGACUCAGGAAAUCAACCCUCCAACAAUUCCAAGUUAAUCUCCAAUGGAAAUCUUCAUGAACUUUCCGCCGCCUUUGCCUGCGAGCCCAAUUUGCCAGAGAUCGAUGAGGAACCUUUGUACAAAGAUUUUACCCGUGGGGAUGUUACCGAUCUGUCAGAUAUCGCCGAGCCGGAACAGUUUUCAACAUCCUUGAAAUGCAGUUGCGUGCGCUUGGCUCCAUACAGAUUCGAGAUUACAGAGCCGGUAUGCUUCACUUCGAAAGGAGUUCGCAUUGCUGGUAAACUGCAGGAAAAGGAUGAGAAGUUCGAACUGCACAUUCACAAGCAGGAAGUCAUUAAGGUGAUAGCCCACUUCGGAAAUGUAGAGCCCGCUCAACCGCUGGUCACGCUAUAUCUUCUCAAGACCUGCGCCGAAUAUGUCAAGAACCAGCUUAAGUUGCCUGAUGAUCAGCAUCACGAACAAACAGGCUUUAAGACGCAUAGUUAUCACACUCGUCGCCUGAUCCUGCUUUUCGAUAGCGUAUCCAUGUCAGCCCGAGGUAUUAUCAAGACUAUGUUCAGCUGUGUGGACGAGAUAUCCUCCACCGAUGCCGCUGAGAUUAUCGAGAGGAUCGCUGACUCUGAUCGCAAGACGCAGGACAAGACCUCGCAGCCACCACCGCGCCAAUUGAGAGCAGACGAACAGGUUAGCCUGCUGAUGUAUCCGCCUAAGGGAACCGGAAGCCUUUGCAUCCGCAUGGAGGACUAUGUGUGCCUCACCAAGGAGUCUUACCUCAACGACAUCAUUAUUGAUUUUUACCUAUUGUGGCUAAGGAACACAUUGAUUCCAGAACCGCAACGCGAGAGGACGCACAUCUUCAGCACAUUUUUUUACAAGAGAUUAACAACGCUGACGCGGCCAGCUGACAUGAAGCAAACGGCAGCCCAGAAGCGUCACGCUAGGGUACAGAAAUGGACCAAGGUGGUGGACAUAUUUGAUAAGGAUUUUAUUAUUGUACCGAUCAACGAACAGUCCCAUUGGUUCCUGGCUAUUAUCUGUUUUCCCAAUUUGAAAGGUCCUGUGACGUUCGACACGAAUCAGCCUGUAGAACCGCAACAUUUAAAGAGGGCCAGGGGCAAGAAGGUAGCCCUGCAGAUUGGCAACACCACCAUUACCCCGUUGUCAAAAAGGGGAGAGGGUGGACAACUUCCGGCCGCUCUUACAGCAGACAAUGUUUGUCGAAUAGCAGACGAUGAAAGCGAAAGGGAUGAGGCUGAGGGCGAUGACAGUGACAUGGCCUCGGAGGACAGUGAAAACUCGAAUUCGGCCAAGGACCCACCACCCACUCCAACAUCCACUACUACCAGUGCCCCCAGUCAAUCGAACUCAAAUCCCAGCGGAGCAGCGAGGAACAUUUCUUCCGAUGAGGUGCCAGCUGUUAAGCAACCUCUGAUCCUUAUCUUCGAUUCCCUGGCGGGAGCUUCGCGGAGUCGCGUGGUAGCCACAUUGCGAGAUUAUCUCACAUGCGAGUACCGGGUGAAGAAGCCGGAUGCGCAGGCGCACGUCUUCAACAAGGACAACAUGCCGGGCCACUGCGUCAAGGUGCCUCAGCAGAACAACUUUACAGAUUGCGGCCUGUAUCUGCUGCAGUAUGUGGAGCAGUUCUUUAGCGAGCCAAUCAGAGACUACAGGCUGCCUAUCAAGCAGCUGACCAACUGGUUCGACUUCCUGACAGUGACGAAAAAGCGCGAGGACAUUGCCAAUCUCAUCCAGAAGUUGAUGGAUGAGGGCAAUCAGCAACAAAGGCUUAUCCUGCCAGUGAUUGAGUUCCCCACUCUAAACGGUCAGUUGAUGGAGUAUCCCGAAGAUACAGAGAGUGCUGAGUUUGAGGAAGAGGAAGGCCAUGAUGAUGAGGAUCACGGAAGUGAAUUGCACGAUGAAAACAAUGCCGGCACCGACAUGGAAGUGGAUCCCGUUAACGAGGAGCCAACUCCGGGAGUGAAAACUGCCACGGUGGCCAGUGUGACCACAACGACAACUACGGCUACAACUGGUAAAAGAUUCGUGCUGAAGCGACGUCUGCACAAUGGUUCCAUAUCAUCGAGUCCCAGCAAUGGAAAUGGAGAAGCUAGCAGCAAUGGAGGUUCUCUGAUGCCCCAGUUGGUGAGCACGGCGACUGGAUCGGCCGGCAUUCCACCUGGAGUCGCCCACCUAGCUCCACGUGGAUCCAGUGGAAGUCUGAAGAUCCGGAAAAUUGAGCCGUAGCACCAACAGAUUCUCGCCCUGCGAGCUCGCGAUCCGGAUGCGCAAAUGCCCCACCUGCCUGCGCUGCUCCAGCUGCCACAGCUGCGGCACCAUCUGUAAAUAAGCCAUUACAUUACAUCGGUUAUUAAUUCUAUGUAUCUAAACGUUUGCCCUUAAAUCUUAACGUAACUAAAGUAAACUAAAUCUUAAAAUAAAGACUACUACUAUGUAUGAAAUAC